UUGCUUCUCAGUUGAAGGAGUGGUCCAGGACAUUAGUUUUAAGUGUUUAAUUGUGUGUUUUCUUCUUUUUUUUUCAUCUCUAAUAUUUGGAUAUAGUAGCCGGGGAAAAAAACGUUUUUCUGUAAAGUAACCAAUUUUACUGCAAUGGGAGAGCAGAGGACAAAGAAAGCAAAAAACACGGAGAGGUUAUUAGAAUUAAAACCAGGUUGUGUCGAGACACAAGUCGUGUGGGAGGCUGUUUGCUGCAUCUGACAUCAAGACGAGGGCGACGUCGAUUUCCUCCACCUUUAGGGGAGGAUCCGUCCACGUAACGCAGAGCAGAGGCUCGCUUCCUUUCCUCCUUCAGCCGCGGCGCAUCAGCACUAAUGAAGACAUAGCUUGAUGAUGUUCUCACGGAGACACGCCAGAAGCUGCAGUUAAUGCUCUCCGACGCGCAUUUCUUUCGUUGUUUUUAUAAAUUAUAUAUUUUUCGCGCGAGUGUGUCUGAAGGAGAGGAGAUUCAUUCUUUCUCGUAAAGCGCUUUUUGUACAGAUUAAAGGAUGAACCGGUCCACACGAGUGAAAACCAGGCGGACCGAGGCCAACCUCGGAGCAGAGAGGGAUCAUUUCGAGAAACAGCAGCUUAGCAGCAUGGGCAAAGCCAUCAACAGCUCAGAAAUGCCUGUGAAGGAAAAGCAUGCACGACGAAUCAUCCUUGGGACGCACAGGGAGAAAGGAGCCCACACUUUCUGGUCUUAUGCUCUGGGUUUUCCCCUCAAUGACAACUCCAUCCUUUGCUGGAAGUUCUGCCAUGUGCUGCACAAAGUCCUGCGUGAUGGACAUCGCAACGUUCUACAAGACUGCAUGAGACAUCAUGGCUCUUUAGUUGAAGUUGGAAAACUAUGGAGUCAACUCCAUGACAGAUAUGGACAGUUGGUUGCUCUAUAUACCAAGCUGCUUUGCACAAAACUAGAGUUCCAUGUAAAGCAUUCAAAGAUCCCACCAAACCUAGAAGUCACAGAUGAAGUUCUGGAGCGCACUGCAGGAACAGACAUCAGUGAUGUGUUCCAGCUCACCGUGGAGGUGUUUGAUUACAUGGAUGCAGAGCUGCGGCUGGCAGACACAGUUAUCCGACAGCUGAACACAUCCAUCGCCGUCUCCAGUCUCACAUCAGGCCAGUGUCGCCUGGCUCCCCUUAUCCAGGUUAUCCAGGACUGCAGCCAACUUUACCACUUCAACGUCAAGCUGCUUUUCAAGCUGCAUGCCUGUCUCCCUGCGGAUACUUUACAAGGUCACCGUGACCGUUUCCAUGAACAGUUCCGUAGCCUGAAGAGCUUUUUCAAUAAAACCAGAGACAUGAUUUAUUUCAAGAGGCUGAUCCAGAUUCCCAAGCUGCCUGACUCUCCUCCUAACUUCCUUCAUGCAGCUGCGCUGGCCAAGCACGUAAAGCCUGUGGUGGUCAUCCCUGCUGAUGAGGAUGGAGAGCCGCAAGACGAUGAUGACGAUGACCCAGAGCCGCUCAUCGACGUCAGCGAUUCUCCAGCUUCCAUCGUCCAGGCACAGCCACAGGUGGACAUAUUCGAUCAGACUUUUGGACCUCCCAAUGGAGGCUUUGAUGACAGGGAUCUCCAGAUUGAUAGUCUGAAGACUGAGCUGGACUACGUAAAAACGGAGCUGGAGAAGGUCAAGUCAGAGGCCCAGAGAUACGUCACCCAGCUUAAAUCCCAGAUCAACAGUUUAGAGGCGGAGCUGGAGGAGCAGCGUGUGCAGAAACAACGCGCCCUUGUGGAAAACGAACAGCUGCGCAUGGAGUUGGAGACGACCCUGCGCCGUAACAUAGAGCACGAGAGCGUGCAGGUCUCCUACAUCGAGGCAGAAAAAAGGGCACAGGCCACUGAGCAGCGGUACAACAAGUUAAAGGAGAAGCACACAGAACUGGUGUCCAGCCAUGCUGAGCUACUCCGAAAGAGUGCAGACACUGUGAAGAUGCUGUCAGCAACACAGCAGACCCAGGAGGAAGUGGAGAGGACCAAACACCAGCUGUCCUUCGAAAUCGAGCGGAUAAAGCAGGAAUCUGAAAUGAAGCUGGAAGAACAGAAGUUUGAGAUGGAGAGAGUGAAAAGAGAGCUGGAGGAGAAGAUGAUGGAGGUUACACGCAUGAAGGCCACGCUGCAAAACACUCAGAAGUCGUCGGAGCAGAUCACCAGUUCAAUGACAGCUCUGCAGGCAGAGAAAGAGCGUUUGAUGCGAUCUGUGAGCGAGAAGGAGGCAGAGCUGUCGACUGUGCGGCAAACGGCGCAGGUGCAGCAGUCCUCACUUCAGCUGGAGCGAGACAAGAGCAGCAGGGAGCUGGUGGAGCUGCAGGGAAAACUGAAGGAGAAGGCAAGUCAGGAGGAGAAAAUGAAGCAGAAGCUUUUGGAUGAGCAGUUUGCUCUGCUGCAAGGAACUAUAACAGAAGCUGAGAACAUCAUUCAAGAUGCUGUCACCAAGCUGGACGAUCCACUCCACAUACGCUGCACCAGCUCCCCAGAUUACCUCAUAAAUCGGGCAGAAGCUACGCUUGGCUCCAUUGACAAAAUGAAAAAAGGUCAUGCAGAUUAUCUAAAGAACAUGGCGGAUGCUGGAGGCCUGCUGAGGUCUCUGACCCAGUUCUCCCACUUGGCUGCAGACACUAUUGUUAACGGCAGUGCCACUGCUCACCAAGCCCCGACUGACCAAGCGGAUCGACUGACGUCAAACUGCAGAGGCUGUGCCACACAGAGUUUGCAGUUCCUGAAGGACCUGAAGUCCAAAGCUUCUCUCCAGAGAGCAGAUCCUGCCUCUGUUCGUGACAUUGUACAAAAGAUCCUUAAGUUAGGCCAGGAGCUGCGGCCUAAAGGAAUGGAUAUCCGUCAAGAGGAGCUGGGAGAUCUGGUGGAUAAAGAAAUGGCAGCGACAUCAGCAGCGAUUGAGGAGGCAGUGCGAAGGAUUGAUGAAAUGAUGAAACAGGCACAAAAAGACACAUCUGGAGUUAAACUGGAGGUCAACGAAAGAAUUCUCAACAACUGCACUGGUCUAAUGAAGGCUAUUCGCAUGCUGGUCAAAGCAUCCACAGAUUUACAAAAGGAGAUUGUGGAGAGUGGGAGGGGUGCAGCCACCAUUAAGGAGUUUUAUGCGAGAAACUCCCGUUGGACUGAGGGACUCAUAUCUGCUGCCAAAGCUGUGGGAUGGGGAGCUACAGAGAUGGUCGAGUCUGCGGACAAGGUGGUGCUGCACACAGGAAAAUACGAGGAGUUGAUCGUCUGUUCUCAUGAGAUUGCUGCAAGCACCGCACAGCUUGUUGCUGCUUCAAAGGUAAAAGCUGAUCGCCACAGUCGGAAGCUGCCGGUUCUUCAGCAGGCCUCUCGCCAUGUAAAUGAGAUGGCAGCCAAUCUGGUGGCCUCAACAAAGUCUGGUCGAGAGCACCUGGAGGACAAAGAUCCCAUGGACUUUUCUGGGAUGUCCCUUAUUAAGCUAAGAAAAGAAGAAAUGGAGUCACAGGUGAAAGUGCUCGAGUUGGAAACGAUGUUGGAGAAUGAACGCCAGCGUUUAGGUGACCUGAGAAAGAAGCACUAUGACCUGGCUGGAGUGCCUGUAGAGCAGGUUCCUGAAGGCAACGGUGAACUUUUAUCGCUGGACAACCCUGUUACUAUGUCACCAAAGCCGUCUAAGCCCGCACUGAUGAAGAAGCCUCCGCUGUCCCAGAAACCCAACCUCGCCCCCAAAGUUGUGUUUAAAUAAAUACCUGAAGAGGAAGAGGAGGAGAACCUCACCACAGGAUGGCUGGGAUAUGAAGGGGUUGCGUUGAAUUUUUGUGCUUUCCCUUUAAUCUGUUAAUUGACAAUCCUGUCAACCUGCUUUUUGAAGGUUUUAUUUGACCUUUUUCUUUUAAAUUGCCAAAAUGGACAAGAUGCCUAUUUUGACCCUUGAUGCCUAGAAAUAUCCUGUCUUUUUUUUCCCUCCUUUUUUUAAUUUUAAUUUUUAUGCAUACAAAGGAAGGAGUAAAAAACACAUUAACCUUUUUUAAUUUUCACAAGGAAUAAAAGUAAAUUUUGUUCUUUAUAUUUUUUUCUUUAUUUGUAGUUCUUCUGUGUGCCUCCUUCCAUAUUUUUUUCUUUUAAUGUAAAGUUUAAAUGUCAAACUGACAGGAUAUCACACUUUUAGACCAAAAUGUUUAUUUUUUGUUUUAAAUCUUAUUUAUGAUAACUUUUUCCCCUCCAACUAUAGACUGCUUUGAAUGGUAAUGCACCAGUUUUAAUGUACGCUCUGCUAUAUUGUUAUUUAUAAUGUGGUGGGUAGUGUGCUGCAAACGUUUGACAUACCUCCAGCUUUGCCUUUCCUGUGCAAAAUGGCUUCUUUUUUUUUCUUACUGGUUUGAAUAAUGACUUGGAGGCCUUCAAAUAUGUUACCAAUGUAUGAAGCUGUACAUCAUGUAUAGUAGAGUGCAUGUCACACUACUUCUCUUGUAUGUCCAUUUACGUGCAGAGAAACUGGAACUUUUAAGAGCUUGAGCACAAGUGUUGGAGAUAGUUAUUCUGAAAUAUCUGAAUGUUUUGCUGAAGAUGCAGGGCUAGAUUAAUAACAUGAUGGUCCCCAAGUUUUCUUUGCCUCUGGGAGCCUUUCUUACAGGGUCUUAAAAUGCCUCUUUUUAUGUUCAAUUCUUUCUUUUCAAUGAAUCGUCUUUAUACAUUCAGAUCUAUUAAUAUAUUUUAGUAAGAUAUUGGUGGUUUAACCUUGUAAAGGAGUCUUAAUGUCAAACAAUAAAUGCCUGAUUUCAAACGAGGUUGGGUUUUAUAUGA